AAUGUGCUAUUCAUACUAUCUUGCAGGAAAAAAGUGACAGACAUCUUGGAUACAGAUGAGUUGUUGACACAGUAAAUUUAUAUAAAUACAAAAUCAACACACACGUAUGAUAAAAAGUGAUUGUAUUUUGAGUCAAACAUGUCAUUAUCGCUGAUAAUUAAGCCCCUGAAUUCAAUCAACAGUACCUGUCCAACGGUGGUAAAGAUUGAAUACAUCAUCAAAACUAAUCCCUGAACAGUGUUCGCCAUGAAAUCAUCUGUAAUAGCUGAACAAAUCAUUUAACACCAUUACAGCUUGCGCAACCACUACACAUACUAUAAAUUCACAGAAGAAAGUUUAGGUCCCCAUUUCAUUGAUGUGAAGUUAUGCAGAACAUGUAGGAACUAAAUUAGAUAAGUGAAACCAAGCUGUGAAUACGUCCUGGCGGACAAACCAUAUAGAUUAAGAUUAAAUAUAAAGAACAGUGAUCAAUCUAAUAUAUCCCAUAAAGAAUACGAUAUCAAGAGUGUGGCAAAAAGGGACCCCUGGACAUACCAGAGGUGGGAUCAAGUACCUUGGAGGAGUACGCAUCCUCUAAUGACCGGUGACAUAUUUCAUGAUUAGGUAAACGGAAUGUGUGGAAAAAUGAAAAUGAAAAACAAUUGAGCGAUGAUAAAACUAAACGCUUCGGUAAAGCGAUUGGAAUUCCCUCUUCUACUCAAAGAGUGCACUCCGGUCCGCCAACGAUAAUUCAAUCAGGAAACAUCUUUCAAACACAUCAUCGCUCCAUGCUUUCCAAAGAUUUGCGCCGAAGAACAUUUUUUGGUUCACUUUCGAUGCAUUUUAGCAGAGGAUUCCCCUAUUCACCAUCAGGGAUAGAAUCGCAAGAUCUUGAAGCAGAACAUCCAGUAAAAAAUCAGUGCAGUUGCUCAGAAAAUAUGUUAAAGGAUUUAGCAACACUGAAAGGAUAUAUGCUAUUGGAUUCUCUAACUUCAUUUUUAAAUGCAGUCGCAUUCCAUGUUCCAUUCGACGGUUAUAUAACAAUUCCCACCAUUUUGCACUGUAGUCGUCGGAAAUCGAUGUCGGAUUCCAUUGAUAUCAAAAACACCCAAAGGAAACCUAUUUGUCAUGCCAAAGAACACACCUUGUUUGAAUCAGGAGGACUUUAUACCGUUGACGAACUUCUUCAAAACAUAGCACAUGCUGGUAGAGAAAAGAAUGUUUGUUCUAUAAAAUUCUAUUUCAUGCUUGCACAAGAGAGACGUAGAUAUCUAUGUGAUGCUAUUUGUGUGGGAAAUCCUGAACACAAUUUAGUUUAUCAUACCAUUGUUGAGGUCAUAAAACAAAAAUGUCGCGAAAUCUUUGAGCCCAAGUUUGCAAUUUCGAAAAUAUGGGUUGGAAGAAAUUCGAGAAAUGUUCUUGAUAUCGAACGAUCACAUCGAGAUAACAUCUGGAGAUUUGAUAUUGUAGUUGUUGUUACACAGCAAAGCACAGAAAGGAACAGUAGAUCACUUUGGGGCUUUGAUGUUCUACUAGUGUCAGCAAAUGAAUGCAAUUCAGAGGCAAUUGGGUUACUUCCAUAUGAGUUACAUGACUCGACAAAACCGACAAUGCGUGUGAAUGAAAAUGAUUUGUCUGACUUAUUCAAUAACCACAGUAACAUUUCUUUAAUAAAUGUAUCCAAUGUCCGAUCCAGAGGAUUUAACACGAGUUCCUACCGGAUAGAAAAGACACCAACUCUUGUUAUUUACUGCCAUGUAAAGGGAGUGAUACCUAUCGGAGAAAGAGUGUUUCCAGAGAAAGUGAGUGGAUUUGAGGUUGAUGUCAGAGAAGGAACAUGCAGCCUCGCAGUAAGAGGACUACGCAUGAGUGAAAAUGUACAUGCAGAUGACUGUGCAAAACUUGGAACUCUCGGGGGAUUUGUAGAUCUGCAAAAUUCACCUGGUAAAGCAUUUUUAACAUGUGCUCAUGUUGUUUUACCAACAAAUGUGUUGCAAAACCAAUUGGCAAGCGAGUAUGUUCGAAGGAGAGAGAUAAUACGAGUAUUUGAUAGAGAAAAUAAUGAAAUUGGUAAAAUUACAAAAGCAGUAUUUGAUGCAGGACAACCAGCAAACGUUAGUGUUGAUGCAGCCCUGGUAGAGAUUACAGAUCGACACCCUAGUGACGGAUGCUUCUCGGAUGUUUAUUCAGAAAAUCAGUUAAACGAAGCCGGCUUUUCAGUGCAACAUGUACCGCAUUUUUCGAAUGGACAAAUGGAGAAAAUUUCUAACUUCAAUUUCCGAAAGCAAGUCAUAAAGGUGGGCGCCUCCAGUGGACUAACGCUUGGUUCGUUAAAAAUGGGCAGAAGCUGUGCCAAUAUUAUAGAUGACUGCGGUGUAAAGAUCGACAACUCCUUCGUUGUUCGAUAUUUUGGACAGUUAGAAGUUUUGCCAAGGAUAGAUCCCACCCAUCCUUCCGACUCCCGACAAGCUUUUGCGAGUAGUGGAGAUUCUGGAGCUCUCGUGUUCGCUAUUCACAACGAGAAUCCAAUCGUUCUAAAAUGCAUUGGAAUUGUUGUUGCAAAGACGUCCUAUGGAUCAUGCCUAAUGACUCCUAUAGAUAAGGUACUUGAUGCCCUGGACCUUCCAUAUAAUUGUUUGUCCAAGUUUUCAAUACCAAGCAACAAUCAAGACUCUGAUUCUGAGAAUCUUCGAAGUAUGUUUACAAUAAUCACUCAACGAUUGACGGAUAUGCACUCUACGAUGGCUACUAAAAGUGACGUUGAAAGUCUGAAAAAUGAUUUACAAAACUUCAAUGACAGGUUAACCAUCGCAGAAUCAAACAUCAGAGGAGAAAGGAUAACUAUUGAAACCGAAGUUUAAGAUAAAUUGAUCAUUGGUCAGAUGUCAACACUUACACCAAACUAUAGAAUGUGAUUUUUAAAUCAUUUGAGUAACCUUUUGCAUUAACAUUUGAACGUAAUGGUAUACAAGUACAUGACCAUUGUAAUCAAUAAACUAAAACUGUGUAUAUCAUAGUCACUUCACUAUGGUUAAGGUUUAGUCAUCUAUAAAAUCAUGUACCCUUUGGCCAGGGAAAAGUUCUUAAUUUAGGUCGUAGUCUUCAUGGGUAUAUCAAUGUUCAAGAAUCGUCUUCCUCGGGUUUCUUUAUAAUCAGUGGAUAUUUAAUGCAAAGCUAUUAAAAGCAUACAUUUCUUUAUCACAGUUUUAAAAUAACUGUCUUUACACCUGUGCUAGGGUUUCAGGUAUUACGGAAGAUAUAAGUAAGAAUUAGGAUACUACAGUAUAUGUGUAGUUAUGAAGAGUGUGAAGACUAGUUACUGAACUUUCAGGUCGCGGUAGUCGUAUUACGAAAAUACAGUACAUACAUGUAUUGUUUUUAAAAUGCACUUUAAUUAUACAAGUACGACGUUGAAAUAACUAUGUACAAUUUUUUAUUUAUUUUUUUUAAAUUAAGAUUUCCUUUGAUUAAUUCAGCUUUGCAUUGAGUAGCUGUAUGUUACAUUCUAUACCGGUGACAGUUAAGGUGUAUAUGUCUCUUGUUUCAAUAGUAAUUCUAUUCAUCAUUAUGCAGUUUUGUGCAACUAAAGAGGAUAGUCAAACAAGAUGAAUAUCAGAUGUUGUAAUACACCCUCCUUCUUUUUAUUCAAUUACAUGUACUGGCAUGUAAACGUGAAACACGCUUGUGAGAAAAUGGACAUUCAUGUAAACCUAUUAACUGUACAUACUCCUUUUUAUUGUGUGUAAAAGAACAUAAACUUACGAAUUAUUUUGUAAUGCAUAACUUUAUCAAUACAAAAAUGCUGUAUCUGCGAUAAGAUAAUACUGAAUAUAUUCCUUUAGAUUGAAUAAAUUGCACAAUUAACUGAU